AUGUCUUCGAACAAUCAAAAUCCAAUUGUCCCAGGGACAGUCCGAGCUUUGACAAACAAAUGGCAAGCCGUAGGAACAUCCAAUCCGCAGCAGGAUAAUCUCUCGAUGCUAGAUGCUCUGCCUGAUCGGAAUUGCAGUCUUGCAGCUCAACCCGCACCGGGGCCAGCGAUUGCAAUUGCAAUCAACAGGUGGGAGAAUAGACGCGCACCCACUCCAGCCUUCCGCUCAAAUGCUGUUGUUCGAGCUCCUCCAAGACCAACAAGUUUUGCAUUUUCCAGUUUACCUCCAGAGCUUCGACUCAUGAUUUGGGAGUUAGUCAUUCCGGGGCCUCAAACCAUCAGAAUCACUGACAAUGCGAUGAGACACAACAGAGCACAUUCUCGUCAGAACCCAGCCAUCCUCUAUGUAAAUUACGAAUCCAGAACAGAGGCUCUCAAACAGCUCAGGCGUCUUUUCGGUGGCGUCAACGGCAAUGGUUUUCCUGAACAGUUCAGGUAUUUCAAUCCAAGUUCAGAUCUUAUUUACUUUGACGGUGGCGCCACCCGACUCUUUGAAUUUCCACCUACUAUUCUUCCCCCAGUUGCGGAUCUCACUCACGAAGCACCGAUGGCACAGGUCGACAAUGUUGUUUUCAUUCAAGUUGAUGAAGAUCAGAUGAAUCAAGCAGGGCCCGCUGCAUAUUUCCGAAACCUCGAAUGUUUGAGAAUUCAGUACAGCUUUUCUCGCCUCCCCGGGGGCAUGUUCGCACCUCCGUACGCAACAAACAAUGCAGGUAGCCAGUUAUUUGUACGCGACAUACAUAGAGAGAUGAGGUCGGAUAUAGGACUUGCACGCGGGUGGUUUCAAACACGAUUCAAUGCCGGCUUGAUCAGUAGAGUCCCUAGAAUCGAGAUUUUGCUCACGCGGAUCGAUCAGCGCACUGUCGAUUCGACUGGCCAAUACGGUGUUGACUAUUUCCACGACCAUCCCUUUUGA